CUCGGAGGCGGAGAGUCAGUCGGCUCUCUGUUGAGCUGUUCGGGCAGCAGGAGGAGUCGACAUCGACAGAAAAGAACGAUCCACGGAUGUCGUCCAGAUCCACACAUUUGUCUCGCGGGUCAUCGGUCGGUUUGUGUGAGAUAUUUGGAUUUUUGUGAGGACGGACCCGGACGCGGCGAAAGGAAGCGAAAAGAGGUGAGAAGAAGAAGAAGAAGAAGCAGCAGCAGAAGAAAAACCGUGAAAACGCUUCAUAUCUGGAUUCAUUGAAGUUGAAAGGCGAGUUGUGGAUAAACACAGCGGCUCGUGUUCGAAGUUUGGGAAGCUGCCAGGAUUGGAAUGUUUCUGGAGAAACUGACUCUGCAGUGGCAACCACGUUCACGCUAGUGUAAUGGAAACGUGCUUUGGACACCUCCUGUAGCAUCUGAAAUGUAUCAGCGGAAAUAUAUCCGAAACUCCCAUGGCUAAUUGCAUCAAGCAGGGGCAUGAGUUUGUCAGUGGAUGCACCCAGGAGCCGUGCACUCUGCCAUGCCCAGCGCCAUGCUAGAGCCAGCCGCUCAUAACAACAAGGAGCACUCUGUUCAGCCGAUAUUCCAUAAGGCUCUGUAGCUCAGCUGCUUUUCCUGCCAUCUGCAGCUCUCUCUGUGUGUACUCUCACUGGAAACCUCGGUUGCAUUUGUUUUUGGCUUCUUAUCAUAAAUACCAAGGCCGGCCAAACUGCAGUCUGCUUUCUGCGAGGCACUUUCGCAGACGACAUAAUGGAUGUUCAAAUUUACAGCCAGCCUUUUUUGGAGUUGAAAACGUGAGGGGCAGCUUGAGGAGACGAGCCCUAUGAAGAGGAAUAGGUGCAAGAGCAGCAGCUUUAAAUGAAAAUGGCCCAAACUAGUUUGCUGCAGGGGAAGAGAUUUUACUGCCGGGAGUGGGUUUUCCACAAGAUCCAGCACUGUCUCCAGGAGAAAACCAGCAGCCUGACUGGAGUGACCAGCACUCCUUGCAAGCAGCCCCCGCUGCUUCCCGGCGGGGGUGCAUCCAAUCCUGGCAGCCUCACAGCAGGUUCUGCAAAGCCCGGUAGCUCCUGGGGGGUUUUGCUGGUGGGAGGGCCAGGCAGCGGGAAAACUGCGCUGUGCACGGAGCUCCUGUGGCCCACGUCAGCCCAGGGAAACCACCGCGGUCUGCACCACCAGAGCUUGGCUUUCCACUUCUGCCGGGCGGACGACUCAGAUACGCUGUGUGUCGGCGGGUUUAUCCGAGGUUUAGUGGGUCAGAUCUGCCGCAGUGGGCUGGUGCCGGGGUAUGAGGAGAAGGUGCGUGACCCGGCUGUGCAGAGCACUUUGCAGCCCGGUGAAUGUGAGAGGAAUCCCACGGAGGCUUUCAAAAGAUGUGUCCUCCUGCCUCUUCUGAGCGUGAAACCUCCUCAGCAGGCUCUCUUCCUGCUGGUGGACUCAGUGGAUGAGGGCUGUCAUUUGGCUGAGACGGAGCAGAGGUCCUCCUCCGGUUCCCCCAGAACCAUCGCUGAGCUCCUGGCCAGUCAUCAUGAGUUCCUGCCUCCCUGGCUGCUGCUGAUCUGCUCCGCACGCAGACAGAAUAAAACCAUUACCAAACUCUUCACAGGAUUUCGCAAAAUCAGUCUUGAUGAUCUGCGCAAGGCUUACAUCGUCAAGGAUGUCCAACAGUACAUCCUCCACAGGCUAGACCAGGAAGAAGCCCUCAGGCAGCACCUGACCAAGGAGACUGCCGAAAUGCUCAACCAGCUCCACAUCAAAAGCAGUGGCUGCUUCCUCUAUCUGGAACGCGUGUUGGAUGGUGUGGUGGAGAAUUUCAUCAUGCUCCGUGAGAUCCGUGACAUCCCUGGCACUCUCAAUGGCCUCUACUUAUGGCUGUGCCAGAGAUUAUUUGUACGAAAACAGUUUGCAAAAGUGCAGCCAAUCCUUAAUGUAAUCCUUGGAACCUGCAGGCCGCUCACAGUCAAAGAACUAUACCAUGCAGUCUGGACCAAAAACAUGACCCUGACCAUGGAAGAGUUUCAGAAGAAGAUGGACAUUCUCACCACAUUGUUGAUCGAUGGCCUUGGGGGGACUAAAAUCCUUUUUCACUAUAGUUUUGCUGAAUGGCUCCUGGAUGUGAAGCAUUGCACACAGAAGUACUUGUGCAAUGCAGCAGAAGGGCACAGGAUGCUGGCGAUGAGUUACACCUGCAGGGCAAAGCAGCUUAAACCACUUGAAGUGCAGGAAUUUGCACUACACCUUGUUAAUUCCAAUCUGCAAAUUGAGCCAUUUAAUCUGGCUCUUUGGAUGGUUUGGAAUGGAACUCCUGCCAAAGACUCACUAACCACAUCCAUACCAAGAGAACAGGAAGUUCUGCAACUUCUCGUUAAAGCUGGUGCUCACGUCAACAAUGAGGAUGACCAUGCCUCGUGUAUUGUACAACAGGCCUUGGAAAGAGAGGACUCAAUUCGUACAUUACUUGACAACGGCGCGUCUGUGAACCAAUGUGAUUCAAGUGGAAGAACUCUGCUGGCCAGUGCUGCAUACAGUGGAAACCUUGAUGUGGUGAACUUACUCAUAUCUAGAGGGGCAAACAUGGAGCUCGAGGACAACCACGGACAAACGGCACUUACCCUUGCGGCAAGGCAGGGGCACACCAAAGUGGUGAACUGCCUAAUUGGCUUUGAGGCCAACAUAAACCACACAGAUCAUGACGGAUGGACUGCUCUCCGUUCAGCAGCAUGGGGUGGCCAUUCAGAAGUUGUAUCUGCUCUGCUUUAUGCUGGCGCUAAGGUGGAUUGUGCUGACGCUGAUGGUAGGACUGCGUUGAGAGCUGCUGCUUGGGGAGGUCAUGAAGAUAUUGUGUUGAACCUUCUUCAGCAUGGGGCUGAGGUUAACAAGGCAGAUAAUGAAGGAAGAACAGCUCUCAUUGCUGCAGCAUAUAUGGGCCACAGAGAGAUUGUGGAGCACCUCUUGGACCAUGGGGCCGAAGUUAAUCAUGAAGAUGUAGAUGGGAGGACUGCCCUUUCGGUUGCAGCUCUCUGUGUUCCUGCUAGUAAAGGUCAUGCUUCUGUUGUGAGCCUUCUCAUCGACAGGGGAGCAGAGGUUGACCACUGUGACAAAGACUGCAUGACCCCUCUCCUUGUGGCCGGCUAUGAAGGACAUGUAGAUGUGGUCGAUCUGCUUCUGGAAGGUGGAGCUGAUGUGGAUCAUACGGACAACAAUGGUCGCACCCCUCUUCUUGCAGCUGCAUCAAUGGGCCAUGCCUCGGUUGUCAACACCUUACUGUUCUGGGGCGCUGCUGUGGACAGCAUUGACAGCGAGGGGAGGACUGUGCUGAGCAUUGCUUCUGCUCAGGGUAACGUGGAAGUUGUUCGAACUCUGCUGGACAGAGGUCUGGAUGAGAAUCACAGGGAUGAUGCAGGCUGGACCCCACUGCACAUGGCUUCAUUUGAGGGCCACCGCCAAGUGUGUGAUGCUCUUAUUGAGCAAGGUGCACGUUGCACAGAGGUCGAUAACGAUGGCAGAAUACCUCUGAUAUUAGCUGCACAAGAGGGACAUUAUGACUGUGUGCAAAUUCUUCUGGAAAACAAGUCAUGCAUUGACCAGAGGGGGUAUGAUGGAAGGAAUGCUCUCAGGGUGGCUGCACUUGAAGGCCACAGGGACAUUGUUGAACUGCUGCUGAGCCAUGGUGCCGACAUAGACUACAAGGAUGCAGAUGGACGUCCGACACUCUACAUCUUGGCACUUGAGAAUCAGCUGGCCAUGACGGAGUAUUUUCUCGACAAUGGAGCAAAUGUGGAAGCUUGUGACAUUGAGGGUAGAACGGCCCUCCACGUGUCCUGCUGGCAAGGGCAUGUUGAGAUGGUGAGGCUGCUGAUUAGCUGUCAUGCUGACGUGAAUGCCUGUGACAAUGAGAAGAGAUCUGCCCUUCAGUCUGCUGCUUGGCAAGGCCACACAAAGGUGGUUCAGUUUUUGAUAGAGAGUGGCACACAUGUGGAUCACACCUGUAACCAGGGUGCAACGGCACUCGGCAUAGCAGCCCAGGAGGGCCAUAUAGAUGUUGUGCAGAUUCUUCUUGAGAACGGUGCCGAUCCCAACCAUGCUGACCAGUUUGGACGCACAGCAAUGAGAGUGGCAGGAAAAGGUGGACAUACAAUGAUCAUAAAACUUCUGGAAAAGUAUGGGGCAACAACUCUAAAUGGUUGUAACCCCUCCCCUGUACACACCAUGGAAGAAAAAACUCCAUUGGCUGUGACCGGUAAAAUGCAGUCCCUCACGAUCAAAUCAAGUAGCUCUGGUAGCACUGGAGCUGGAGAUUUACAGUCAUCCGGACGUGGUCUUAAUAAUGGACCCGUCCAUGCCUUCAGUUCGCCGUCAGAAUCCCCUGAUUCCACCGUAGAUAGGCAGAAAUCUUCCCUUUCAAAUAAUUCUCUCAAGAGUUCAAAGAAUUCCUCCCUGAGAACCACAUCGUCCACUGCCACAGCACAGACUGUGCCCAUCGACAGCUUUCACGGACUAACAUUUACAGAACAAAUCCAACAGCACUCGCUUCCCCGCAGUCGAAGUAGACAGUCUAUUGUGUCCCCUUCCUCAACAACAAAAUCCACUGGUCAGCAACCAUCCUCUCCAUCCACUGAUUUUGACUGGUCUCAGUUAAAACCUGGUCUUAAAUCAACAAAGGGGAGUAAGACUGGAAAAGGGACAUCAAAUAGUAAAGGAGGAUUGGGGGACAAGAAAAAAGUCAAGAACAGUUCAACCCAAGGUCAGAUUAGAGAGUAUGAGAUGACCCAGUUUGAUAAGCGAAUUGCCUUCAACAAAGCAGUAGCAAACAUUGCAGUGAAGGAUCCCCAGUGCAAGAUCAUGGUUGGUGGGUCAAAUCAGCAGGAAAGGGGGCAAAGCCAAGAUCACUUGUUCAUCCAGCAGCAGAGUGGUUCUGAGAAGAAGCGGAAUGGCAUAAUGACCAACCCCAACUAUCACCUACAGGGCAAUCAGGUUUUCCUGGGUAGGGUGUCAGUUCCUCGGACUGUACAGAACAGAGGCCGCCAGGAUGUUCUCGAUGCCUAUCCCAUAGGGGAAACUGAGCUAAGCCUUAAACAAGCUCUGAAGUUGCAGAUCGAUGGAUCAGACCCUGGGUUUAACUACAAAAAGGAGACUCCAUUAUAGCUGGUUGCCAUGAAUGCCACUUGUCAUGCAGAUGUUGGAGGGAAUGUGCCAAAGCAACUGUUUUCAUCUGCAUAAAAACCUCUGAUCACGUGGAGACCUCAGUCUGAUCCCAGCGGUCGAGACGAUUGUUGAUUCCUGCCGAAGGCUUGCAGUAUGUGAACCGAUUAUUCAGUGUGCCUACAUCUGUUACAGCCUUCUUCAUGCAUUCUUGCAAACUAUGAUUUUAAUUUAAGGUGAUGCUAUUUAAGAAACAGUGUUUGCACUUUGAAAAGUGACAGACGUGCAUUUGUUUUAUUCACUCUGUAGCUCAUCUAUGUUUCAAAGUAACUGUUUCUGAAAACCACACAGAUGCUUGUUUGUUUGUUUGUAUGUUUGUAUUACCUUGACAGCAGUGUAUCACUGAGUACACUGUCCCAAACCAUACAAAACAGUAACACUGCA